UUGCCAGGCGCCCGGGUUCCGGCCCCUGGCACUCCGCAGCCAUGCUGCCCGCACUGACCGUGCUGUUCCUGCUGGCUGCGCCGGCCCCUGCCCGGGCCUGGUCUCGGCCCCUGUGGUACCAGGUGGGGCUGGACCUGCAGCCCUGGGGGUGCCAGCCCAAUGGCAUGGAGGGCUGCGGCCGCAGCCUGAGCUGUCCCGGCUACUGGAUGGGCCUGGGGACAAACAACAUCUACCCCGUGGCCGGGGUCACGGCCAGCACCACCUUAAUGCUGCUGGUGGGCCGUGCGCUGAGGCGGCGCCGCUUACAGACUCUCAAGGGUCAGGAUGCCCCCGUGACCGCAGGCACCUGUGGACCCUGGAAACGGCGGACCCAGAUCUCAGACCGUGCCCUGCUGCUGGGGGUUCUGCACAUGCUGGACGCCCUCCUGGCCCACAUCGAGAGCCACCUGCAGCGGCUCGCCACCCAGCAGCACAUCCGAAUAAAGGGCACGCCCUCCCAGAGUGGGUGAGCCCGCACGCCUCCCCGACGCCAGGCUCCCGUGUGUCUGUUCUCCCAGGCCUGUCCGCGCCCUGUCCCCUCUGUGGGCCAGGGGCCAGGAGGCCUGCUGAGGAUGCAGUGCCCAACACGGAGGUGGGUGGGACCCAGGCUGGGUCACUCUACUCUGUCACCCCUGCAAGUGGCCCUUCAUCCCCAAGGCUCCCACUUGCAGCCACCACUGGCCCUCUGGCCUGACCAGUACUUGGGGACCCCCAGUGUGGUGGGUGACGACUUGACAUCACGGCAAACUUGGGUGGUCCAGAGAGGGCUGCCUGGAGGAGGUGACAGUCCGGCUGAGUCCUGAGGAGGAAUGGGUGAGGGGAAGAAGACUCCAGGGGAGGCCACAGGAGUGGCUGUGUCUGGUCCCCCACACGCCUGGGCCAGGCAGGAGUGGCCAGUGGUGCAGGGCCUCCAGUGACGCGUGAGUCAGGGGUUUCCAGUGGGCAGGGGAGCCGAGGAGGGGCCUGGUCAGCAAUGGCGUGUCUCUGCUGACCCCGGGGGUCCCUGCUGAAGGUCUGAGUCCGGGCCCCCAGUCACUGUGGGGCUGCACCCAUGCUCGACUUUGCCCUCCCUCGUCCCCAUCUCAGGGAGGCCAACGGGAGCCUCCACAUGACUGGAGAAUGCUCCGAAGCAGCUGGCUCUGGUGCCCUCCUUCCUGGCCCUGCGGGUCCCUGCCCGGGGGUCACUGCUCCGUGCCCGGGAGCAGCUCAGGUCCAGGAGCCUCCAGCCAGGAGCCCGGAAUGCAGCUCAGGCCUGCCCUGCAGCCUGCAUGGCCCUUGCUCCAAGGCCCCUGGAAAGGAGUAAGGCUGAGCCUCCCCAAGGGAGCCCUCCCCCCCACCCCCGCUCCCCUCCCUCUCACCACA